CCCAUCAUUGGUGUCUGUGGCAGGAAUAGUGCCCCAUCGUUGGUGUCAGUGGGAAAAACAGUGCCCCAUAAUUGGUGUCAGUGGGAGGAAUAGUGCCCCAUCGUUAGUGUCACUAGGAGGAAUAGUGCCCCAUCAUCAGUGUCAGUGGGAGGAAUAAUGUUCCAUUAUUGAUGUCAGUGGAAGGAAUAGUGCCCCAUUAUUGGUAUCAGUGGGAGGAACAGUACCCCAUCAUUGGUGUCAGUGGGAGGAAUAGUGCCCCAUUGUUGGUAUCAGUGGGAGGAACAGUACCCCAUCAUUGGUGUCAGUGGGAGGAACAGUGCCCCAUCAUUGGUGUCAGUGGGAGGAAUAAUGCUCCAUCAUUGAUGUCAGUGGAAGGAAUAGUGCCCCAUUGUUGGUAUCAGUGGGAGGAAUAG